AUGCGAUUCACGGCGCUCGUCUUAGCGGCUCUCUUAGCUGCCGUAUCUGCCAAAGUUUACUUCAAAGAGGAAUUCCUCGAUGAUUCCUGGGAACAACGAUGGGUUCAGUCGAAGCACAAAGAUGACUAUGGUAAAUUCAAACUGACCGCUGGCAAGUUCUAUGGUGAUGCGCAGAAGGACAAAGGAAUUCAAACAUCGCAGGAUGCCAAGUUCUAUUCGAUCGGCGCUAAGUUCCCGACUAAGUUCACGAACAAAGGCAAAACAACUGUGAUUCAGUUCUCAGUGAAACAUGAACAAAACAUCGAUUGUGGUGGUGGUUACGUUAAGGUGAUGGCAUCUGAUGUGGACUUGGAAGAUUUCCACGGUGAAACGCCGUACAAUGUGAUGUUUGGACCAGAUAUAUGCGGACCUGGCACGAAGAAGGUUCAUGUGAUCUUCAGCUAUAAGGGCAAGAAUCACUUGAUCAAGAAAGAUAUCAGAUGCAAGGAUGAUGAAAUGACGCAUUUGUAUACACUGAUCCUGAGCCCGGACAACACUUACGAAGUACAAAUCGAUGGAGAAAAAGCUGAGGGUGGUGAGCUGGAGGCUGACUGGGACUUCUUGCCAGCAAAGAAGAUCAAGGACCCCGAUGCGAAGAAGCCCGAAGACUGGGACGAGAAUGAGUAUAUUGAUGAUCCAGAAGACGAGAAGCCUGAAGACUGGGAGAAGCCAGAGCAUAUUCCGGAUCCGGAAGCAAAGAAACCAGAGGAUUGGGACGAUGGAAUGGAUGGUGAAUGGGAGCCACCGAUGAUUGAUAAUCCGGAAUAUAAAGGUGAAUGGAAACCUAAACAAAUCAAGAACCCAAAAUACAAGGGUAAAUGGAUUCAUCCUGAGAUCGAUAACCCGGAAUACACAGCCGAUGAUAGCUUGUAUGAAUACAAGGAUUGGGGAGCGAUCGGCUUCGAUUUAUGGCAAGUGAAGUCGGGUACGAUCUUCGACAACAUCAUCAUCACUGACUCGGUUGACGAGGCGAAGGAGUUUGCAAAGGAAACGUUCGAGAAAACAAAAGAGGGCGAGAAGAAGAUGAAGGAGAAGCAGGAUGAAGAGGAGAAGAAGAAGAUGGAAGAGGAGGAGAAGAAGAGGAAGGCCGAGGAGGACAAGAAGAAGGAGGAUACGAAGGAGGACGAGGAUGAGGACGAGGACGAGGAGGAAGGUAAAGAGGACGAGGACGAGAAGAAGAAGGAGGAGGACAAGGAGAAGAAGGACAGCGAAGAGGAGAGUCACGAUGAGCUGUAA